AUGAUUAAUUCAUCCCAAGUUAUUGAUGAUACUAUUAGUGUAACGACAUCCGAUACAGCGCAACUAAUUAGCAAUGAGGAAGCAAGCACAUCAAAUUUUGCUCAACUCAAUAAAAGUCCUGAUCUUGAGAAUUCUAUAGAAGAUGACUUACAUGGAAGCCAUGGUAUCAGACGAAGGCAACCAAUACAAAAAAUUGAACCAGGUUCUAUGAAUAUUUUAUCUGCUAAGUAUGAGAGUUUAGAUUAUGAUACAUGUGAAAAUCAUUUACUCUUAGAUGAAGAAAGGAAAAGAGGCUACCCAUUUAUUGUAAAGAAAGAUACAGCUCGAUGGCUAAUUGUAUUACUUAUUGGAGUAAUUACAGCGCUUAUUGCUUUCACUAUAGAUAUAUGCAUAGAAGAAUUUUCAAACAUUAAAUAUAAACAGCUAAAAAAAUCUGUAGACAGGUAUGUGGUUUUAGAUAAACUUUACAUCCCAUACUUGCUUUGGGUGUUAUCAAAUAUCAGUAUUGUAUUUAUUGGAUCCGUGCUCGUCGCAUUUGUUGAGCCAGUUGCUGCUGGAAGUGGUAUUCCUCAAGUUAAAUGUUACCUGAAUGGAGUUAAAGUUCCUAGAGUAGUAAGGAUCAAGACACUAAUUGUUAAAGCUUUUGGUGUCAUUACUGCUGUCGUUGGAGGUUUAGCUGGUGGCAAGGAAGGUCCUAUGAUUCACAGCGGUGCUGUGGUAGCAGCUGGCAUAUCACAGGGCAAAAGUACAACUUUCAAUAAAGACUUUAAAAUAUUCCAAUACUUUCGAGAAGAUCACGAAAAACGUGACUUUGUAUCGGGAGGAGCAGCUGCUGGAGUGUCAGCAGCUUUUGGAGCUCCUAUCGGUGGUGUACUAUUUUCGUUAGAAGAAGGCACGAGUUUCUGGAAUCAAGCUUUAACAUGGAGAACAUUUUUUGGAACAGUAGUUUGUACUUUUACUUUAAAUUUCGCCUUAUCAGCUUAUCAUGGACAUCCAGGAGAAUUAAGUUAUCCAGGUUUAUUGAAUCUUGGGAAAAUGGAGCCCUUUCCAUUCCAAUUUUAUGAAUUACCAGUCUUCAUGUUGGUUGGAGUAAUUGGAGGAUGUUUGGGAGCUCUAUGGAAUUACAUUAAUUAUAAAUUGAGUGUUUUCCGUAUAAGGUACGUGAGCGCGCCGUGGCUGCGCGUGGUGGAGGCGUGCCUGGUGGCGGGCGUCACGGCCACCAGCGGCUUCCUCAUGAUGUUCCUGUUGGACGACUGCCGCCCGCUCGGGGAGGACCCCACUAAGGUGCCCUUGCAGUUGUUCUGCGCGGACGGAGAAUACAACACGGUGGCCGCUAUCUGGUUCCAGACCCCCGAGGCCUCGGUGCGCUCCUUCCUCCACGACCCCAUGGGCUCGUACAAGCCCUGGUCCCUGUUGGUGUUCGUGGUGUGCUACUUCCUCCUCUCCACCUGGACCUUCGGCAUUGCAGUGUCUAGUGGUCUCUUCAUACCUAACCUACUGACUGGUGCGGGCUGGGGAAGACUGUUAGCAAUACUGAUUCAAUAUACGCUGCCUGACACUGAGAUAAACCCAGCGAAGUACGCGCUGGUGGGCGCGGCGGCGCAGCUGGGCGGCGUCGUGCGCAUGACCAUCUCGCUGACCGUCAUCCUCAUCGAGACCACCGGCCAGAUCUCCAACGCGCUGCCGCUCAUCGUCACCCUCGUCGUUGCCAAGUGGACUGGCGACUUCUUCACGGAGGGUAUCUACGACAUCCACAUCCAGCUGGCGGGCGUGCCGCUGCUGCCGUGGGAGCCGCCGCCGCUGGCGCACAACGUGUACGCGUCGGAGGUGAUGUCGCACCCGGUGUUCGCGCUGCGCACCGUCGAGAACGUCGGACACAUCGUGGAGAUACUGCGCCUCGUGUCCUACAAUGGCUUCCCGGUGGUCGACCCGCCGUUGGCUGAUGAUGCAGAAGUAACCACAUACAAACGACUGCGCGGACUCAUCUUACGGUCACAACUGAUUGUUCUAUUACAAAACCAAAUUUAUAAUGAGAACGCGAACACCACGUGGUCCAACUUCAAUGUAGACAUGGACAUGUUCAGGAGGGAGUAUCCGAGAUACCCCUCUAUAGAUGAGUUGGAAAUUUCGGAUUGGGAGAAAACAUGCACGAUAGACUUGAGGCCGUUCAUGAACCCGUCGCCGUACACUCUCCCGCACCGCGCAUCGCUGCCGCGCCUCUUCAGACUGUUCCGGGCACUCGGCCUUCGUCACUUGCCUAUUGUUAAUGAUCAUAAUGAGGUUGUAGGAAUGGUGACAAGAAAAGACAUAGCCAGAUAUAGAGUAUGGAGGCACCGAGGACAUAUGGGCAUGGAGGAGCUACUUCUUUCUAGUGAAAUU